GUCCUUCACUUGACUUCAGCAGCAUGUGAAGCAAGAAUUGGCAGCGAAUAGUUAUUGUCGUUUCUUCUGCCUUGUUGGACAAUCUUACUAUCAAACUACUUGCACUUCUGCCUUCCUGUGUUUUACUCAAUAGCACAAAUCCGUCUUCCAGUCCCCGAGACAAGCAGCAGAGACAACGCGACAAUGUUCCGAAACACUACCCCCAAGAGAUUACGCCCGAAUCGCGCAGCCAGGCAACCUGCUUUCCUGAACCAGAAUGGAAGACCUUUGUACUACAAGGACAUAUAUCGCUCGCGUGAUUCAGGAGAGGACGAUGAAGGUUCGGCGCAGCACUGCGAAUCUGAGUCUGACUCCGAUGUUCCAGUCCAUACGCCAAGCAAGAAGGGCCGUAAAGAUCAGAGUCUUCGCGACAGUGGAAGAAAGAAGAAGGAGCUAGCAAAGGUUAGCAACAAGGGCUCGAAAGGAAGUGCAAUUUCCAUCAGCAGUGGCAGUGAGGAGAGUGGCGAGGAGGAUGUGCUAUCGAGCAGCAAGUCUACUGACAGGAGACCUCGCGACCCCAACGAAGAUCCCGAAUACCAAAUUGCUCCAAUCCUGAAUUCGAAACACUCACUGCCCACAGCAGAAGUAAGGAGGCUCAAGGCGAGGAAAUGCGGAUUGUUCAGUGGGGCGUUUGGUAUGAGCAUCAAGGCGUUGCGGACUGUGGAGUAUGAGGGAGCCGUCGCGGACGAUGAGCAGAGCGAGGUACCCGUGGAAGACACGUUCGGUGGGCGUGCAAAACGUGGAAUGGUGAAGCGACGUUCAGCGAGCAGGACCAUUAUCAAGCAGCAAUUGGCAGAGCGAGUCGCAGCAAGAAAGCUGGCCCAGAAAGCCGAGAGGAAAGCGCGUCGACAGGUCGGGAAGAAGGCCGCGAUGGUGGCAGGGACGACGAACCACAAAGGCCAGCGCGUGGGCACGAAGAGCAGCAAGACAGCUUCCAAGGCACGAUCCAAGCCAAAGAUGAGGACCAGCAUUGGCUCCAAGUCGUCCAAGCCCGCGGCUCAGCAGCACGGCGGAGCUCUGCGCGCGGCAGUGGUGAUGGUGGACAACAGAGGGAUCAAUUUUGCGGAGUACCAGCGUUACGACUCAGAUUGAGGUGCAGCUGGCUCAUCAGCUGCGUUGGACCUGCGAGGUGGCUGAGGCUGCACGACAUGCGGCGCAGCAGGACAAGGGCCCCAGUACAUAGCAGCGGGUCGUAAAGAAGACGAUCAGGGAAUAAUGGGCAGAGCUAGUUACUGAGAAACAAGAUCAUCGGGCCGCA